AUGCUUUUUUCUGAGAAACCCAGUGUUAAUCAAAAGAAGAAUGAGAUUUUUAGUUUAAUUAUUAUUUCUUUGAACUUUAAAUGGAUCUUAGCUGAACGUUUUAAAAAUAUCAAUAACAAGAAAACUAAAUCUGCCAGCAAACAGCCAUUAACUCUGAAAGAUAUUAGCAAACAAGACGAAAGAUUUUGCUGCAGACCUGCACAUGUUCCUUCUUUGGAUCUUGGGUAUCUUCAGGAAUCAGAAAACAAAGUGAAACCUUUACCGGAUUUAUCUAAUUAUGAAUUAGAUUCCUCAGUUUCAGUUUCUACAAUAGACUGUAAAAGUGCAUCAAAUUCUGAAUAUGACAAUAAAUUAUGGGAAUAUAUUUCCAAAUCAUCUUCUGGUCCUCAUCCUGAUGUUCCAAGUUUAGGACUGGAUAUUAAAGAAACUCCUCAUAUUCCUGACAAAGUUAAAGAGGAUGUAUGGGACAAUGCAGUUGUUCCAGAAGAUUUGCCAGGUCCAUCUAUGAAAUAUCGACAUAUGUAUAAACAGUAUCAAGAUGAAUUGAAAAACUCUUAUCGUAAAAGCAAGGGACAAAUGAAUAAAUCAGUCAUGGUGAAAUCUUGUGAGAAUGGUGACCAUAAAUCAGGAGUGAAUAAUGAAGAUGCUUUAUUGGAACAAAGUUUUGCUCAACUAAAAUUGUUGGCUCCAUCUGGUACUGAAAACAAGUUGGAAGUGGAAAAAUCUGAAAAUAACAAAAAGAAAGAAAAACUUAUUGAGACAGUGAUGAUUGAUCAAAGUGUGAUAUGUGACCCUGAACAGAACAAAUAUUCUGCAGAGCCUCAUUCAUAUGUGGCCCAUCAGCCUCGAGGAGCAAAUAGAUUCCUACAUGAAUCAAGCAUCCAGACUCAUGGUUCCUCAACAGAAAACCUACUUUCCAAAAGAGUUAGGUUUGGAGUAAGAAUAUUGACACGCAAUGGCCAUGAUGCUCUCAGAGAGCUGAUUGGAUUCUUCUUUUAUGUUGACAACACUUUGACAAUUUAUGAAUUCCGUCAAUUUGGCAAAAGCUCCAAAGCAUUGCCCUUCAUUAAGAAAGGUCAAUAUUGUCCUCCAGAAGCAACCACUCCCAGUCAACAUUAUACAUUAUGCAACAUAUACCCUGGAUCCAAUUUGGUACUGAGUACAGAAAAUCAAACCUGCUUACCUGAUACCCUAAAAAAUAAACCAAAGGUUAUUUUCCGUGUCACAGAUGUUGCAGAAAAAGAAAAGUCUGCUGUCUUGUUAUCUGGUGUAAGACUUUCUGACCAGCAACAAGUGUAUACCAAGUUGCACAUUCCACAACAUGAAAUUGACAGACAGAAAAUGAUCUUGUUAGCAGAAGUUCAGAAAACUGUGCAUCAUAAGUUAAAAAAGCGUGGCAUCCGUACUGUGACAGGACUUGGCCAGCACUAUAGGAAAGUAUGUCAUCGUUUAUCAGCCCCAGAUGGUUGUCUGUCCAAGUCUGAUCUUGAAGAAGGCCUUCAAGAAUUUCAUAUUGAUUUGCCACAAACAACAUUAGACAAGUUAUUUGAAGCCAUAACAGACAAAGACAGAGAUUCUAUGGAUUACUAUUUGUACAUGUUAGCCGUGAUUGGGGAAAUGAACGAAUUUCGCAAAGACUUUGUACGUAAGACUUACCAGAAAAUGGGAGGAGCUAAGAAAGGCAGCAUUUCUGUUGGAGAGAUUAGAAAGUUUUAUCAUGCUGGAAAUCAAACAAAAGUGAUAUCAGGUAACAAAAGAAUUUGUUUUACAAACUGGAAUGUAUUUGGGAAAAAAUGUAGCCGUUUUUCCCUGGUAGGUUGA